GAGAGAGCGGGCGGGUGGCAGAGGGUGCGGGCGAGAGGGGAUUGCGGCGGCAGCUCUUAUUGCAGCGGUGCCCCCGGGCGCUCCUCAACAUGACCGGCCUAGGGUUCGGACUGAUAAGCUGUGCCUUAUUUCUGGGUGUGAGUGGCUUAUAUUCCUCUAGUGAUGAUGUGAUAGAACUGACUCCUUCCAAUUUCAACCGUGAAGUUAUUCAGAGUAACAGUUUGUGGCUUAUAGAAUUCUAUGCUCCUUGGUGUGGUCACUGCCAAAGGUUAGCACCAGAAUGGAAGAAAGCAGCAACUGCGUUAAAAGAUAUAGUGAGAGUUGGUGCAGUUGAUGCAGAUAAACAUCAGUCCCUAGGUGGACAAUAUGGAGUCCAAGGAUUUCCCACUAUAAAGAUCUUUGGAUCCAACAAAAAUAGACCAGAAGAUUACCAAGGUGGUAGAACUGGUGAAGCUAUUGUAGAUGCUGCUCUUAAUUCUUUACGACAACUAGUAAAGGAACGCCUUGGUGGAAGAAGUGGUGGAUAUAGUUCUAGUCGAAGUGAAGGUUCAGGCAAGAAGGAUGUGAUUGAACUAACAGAUGACACUUUUGAUAAAAAUGUGCUUGACAGUGAUGAUGUUUGGUUGGUGGAGUUUUAUGCUCCUUGGUGUGGACACUGCAAAAACUUAGAACCAGAAUGGGCAGCUGCAGCCACAGAAGUAAAGGAACAGACAAAAGGAAAGGUGAAGCUAGCUGCUGUAGAUGCUACAGUAAAUCAGGCAUUGACUAGCCGAUAUGGGAUUGGAGGAUUUCCCACAAUCAAGAUUUUCCAGAAAGGAGAACCACCUAUGGAUUACAGUGGUGGGAGGACAAGAUCUGACAUAGUUUCCAGAGCUCUAGAUUUAUUUUCUGAUAAUGCCCCACCACCUGAGCUCCUUGAGAUUGUUGAUGAAGCAGUGGCAAAGAAAACUUGUGAAGACCACCAGCUCUGUGUAGUUGCUGUAUUGCCUCAUAUCCUUGAUACUGGAGCAGCAGGCAGAAAGUCUUACUUAGAAGUUCUACUAAAGUUGGCAGAAAAAUACAAAAAGAAAUUGUGGGGAUGGCUGUGGACAGAAGCUGGAGCUCAGCAUGAGCUUGAAACUGCGUUGGGAAUUGGAGGUUUUGGGUACCCUGCAAUGGCAGCUGUCAAUACACGGAAGAUGAAAUUUGCUCUUUUGAAAGGUUCUUUCAGUGAGCAAGGAAUUAAUGAGUUUCUUAGAGAGCUUUCUGUUGGCCGUGGCUCCACAGCACCAGUAGGUGGUGGUGUUUUUCCUAAAAUAAGCACUGUAGCUCCCUGGGAUGGCAAAGAUGGUGAGCUUCCCAUUGAAGAUGAUAUUGACCUCAGUGAUGUAGAACUCGACGACUUAGGAAAAGAUGAGUUGUGAGAUAUGACAUAUACUUCUUGGGAGCGGAUUUUUCCAGCAGUGGUGGAACAUCCUUUGCAAUCAAAUGGAUAUACCAGUGGCCUUUUUUAAAAACUGAAGCAGCAUUGUUUGGUCAUUCGAAACACUGUAACAGUGAACUGUUUGCAUCUCAAGAAAAACAUUGAAAAAUUCUAUGAAUUGUUGUUAACCAGUGAAUUUGAUUGUAUUCUGUCAAAUAAUAUUUUGAAGAUAAUUGAUUUUUUUUUGUUGCUGUUAAAAACAUUUUUUUCCAUCCCAAGUUUGCUGUUUGUAGGUUCUUUAAGGCUGUUACUUUACUAAGUUUUUAACUGUGAUUUUUUUUUCUUAAUUUGAACACAAUGCUUUGUUCCAGUUAAAGAAUAAAAACAAAGUAUUUUUGACAGUGCCUAUCAUGUAUGAAAACAAGUCCACAUCACAAAGUUUAAUUCAGGGUUAAAGGUUGUGACUAUCAGCUAUCCUCACAUAAUAAUGCCCUUUAGGUUUCUUUCUUCCCUUCUAUAGGUGAAUAGUAAGAACAUAAUAUAUAUGCCUUUGGAGAGAUGUGGCUCUCUGGCUUUCUUUCCCCUUACCAUCUUUUUUCUUUUCUUAUUUUUGUUUUCACUGGGUCUGUUUUCACAUUUCUCUUAUUUUAAGCAUAUUAUCUUUGUAAACUAAAUACCUACAGAAAUACAACACUUGCUUGUAGCACUAUUUUAUUUUCACAUUUUAUAAAGUUAGUUUAAGUUUUGGGAACCCAGACAAAACUUGUAUGUGAAAUAUACUCUGUAUACUCUUGAGCAGAAUUAGGGACAAAGCAUUUGUGAAAGCCAGGCAAAACUCAAUCAUAUACUGUUUUUAAAGUGCUUCUUAUUCAAAAGCAGCCACCUAUCCCUAGUGUUUCCUUUGCUUGAGAGUAGGUUUUAAUCAAUUGCUGGUUCAGGGCUUCAUUUCCAAUCUACUGCUCUUGAUCCUCUUUUUAGGCCUCAUCAAAUGAAUAUCAGGGAACAGAACCCAGGUAUAUAGCUAGGCAAUAAGAGGUUUCCAAAUGUUUGUUAAAUGGUGUGGUGUACUCCAUUUGUAAUAAGUCUUUUUUAGACUUCUGUGUAAGGCAUGGAACCCUGCUUUAGGACCUGGACUCUUCAACCUUGGCAAAUUGUGUAUCUUAGACUUUCAGGCAGGGAACCAGAACUAUGAGACUAAGUACAAAACAGUUGUAAUUACUUUACAUGUUUGUACAUACAAUGCCUUGAAUAUGUGUAGGGUGACUAGGUGUUCAGUAUUAUCUUAGUAUUUAAUUAUGUUUAAAUUGAAGUCAAGAAAAAAUACUUCAAAGUUCAAAGACUAUGGGAGCUUUUCUUUAUUGUAACAUACAAAAAAUAAAUACAACCAUAACUAA